UUCCUCUUUCUUUCCCUUUUCCUCGUUUCCACAACCCUCCCGAAUUCUUGAGACGCUUCCCGAAUCCUUUCACACACACGUUGCUGAAUCUAUAUAUCUAAAUCCCUUCACUUCCCAUUCCUAAAUCCUCUUACAAAAACUAUACAACGUUGCUUUUGUUUUGUUUUGUUUUGUCUCUCUCUAAUCAUUCCAAUGGCCAAAGAAGGACCCAACUGGGACGGGUUGCUCAAAUGGAGCAUUGCUCAUUCCGAUGGGACUCGCCCCACUCGCAAUUUAAGUGAGGAGGAUCGGAGAUGGUUUAUGGAAGCGAUGCAGUCACAGACCAUUGAUGUUGUAAAACGUAUGAAAGAGAUCACACUUGUGAUGCAAACUCCAGAACAAGUCUUGAAAGACCAAGGAGUUACCCCUGCAGACAUUGAAGAUAUGUUGGAUGAGUUGCAAGAGCAUGUUGAGUCAAUUGACAUGGCCAAUGAUCUCCAUUCAAUUGGUGGCUUGGUUCCUCUUCUUGGUUACCUAAAGAGUUCUCAUGCCAAUAUUCGAGCAAAGGCUGCUGAUGUUGUGACCACAAUAGUCCAGAAUAAUCCUCGAAGUCAGCAACUUGUUAUGGAAGCAAAUGGCUUUGAACCUCUUAUUUCUAAUUUCAGUUCAGAUCCUGAUGUGACUGUUAGAACUAAAGCACUGGGUGCAAUAUCUUCACUAAUCCGGCACAACAAACAAGGCAUUACUGUAUUUCGUUUGGCAAAUGGGUAUGCUGCUUUGAAAGAUGCACUAGCCUCUGAAAAUGUGAGAUUUCAAAGGAAAGCUCUCAACUUGACCCAUUACCUGUUGCAUGAGAAUAAUUCAGACUGCAACAUCGUGAAUGAGCUUGGGUUUCCUCGACUGUUGAUGCACCUUGCCUCAAGUGAAGAUUCAGAUGUCAGAGAAGCUGCCCUUCGGGGCCUUCUUGAGCUUGCUCGCAAUACUCAAGAUGGCAAGGAUGGCAAUGAGGAAGACAGUGAGAAGAUGAAGCAACUUCUUCAAGAACGAAUAAACAAUAUCAGUUUAAUGUCAGCUGAGGACCUUGGUGUAGUCAGGGAGGAGAGGCAACUUGUGGACUCCCUGUGGAGCACUUGCUUCAACGAGCCAUCUUCUCUUCGAGAGAAAGGUCUUCUUGUGCUUCCAGGUGAAGAUGCACCCCCUCCAGAUGUUGCUAGCAAAUUUUUUGAGCCUCCUCUUAGAUCUUCGACUGCGAAUCCAUCUUCCAAGAAAGACUCAAACAAUGAAAAGAAAGAGAUCCCUUUGCUUUUAGGGUCAGGGCCUUCUCUUGCAGACACUAACAACCAAGGUUCAAAUAGAGAAAAUGCUAAUAGCUGAAAGCUUGGAUGCUUUCUGCUCUGUUUUUUUUUUGCCGUGCUUUCUUUCUAUCUUAUCAUACAAGUAAUUUCAUAUAGGCUCUUUUUUUCCCCUUUCUUUUCUCACCUUAGAUUGGUCUUCCAUUGUAUUUCAAGAAUGAUCUCAUGGUAUGUGACACUAUAACUAGCCUUCCAUUGCAGCGGUGAAUGCCUUCAAUUUUUUGCACUUGAUAUUUUUAAAUACUUGUUUAGAUGUUACAGUCCCACUCUUACAUGUAUAAAAGGAUCUACUUGUCCACAUUAUCCUUCAAUUUUGGGUUUGGGCAGUGUGUUUCUAGUGAAUAAAAAGAGAGAAUGAUAGUUAUGAUAGUUAUGAUAGAAAA